AGAAAGUGGUCUCAAAUUUUAAUGCAUGUAAAUAAGGCUGUUUGCUUUAGGAAUAAGACGUGUUAGCUUGCCAUAUCUAAAAUGAGCAAGAGGAAAGCACCGCAGGAAUCCCUUAACGAAGGGAUAACAGACUUUCUUGUCGAACUGGCCAAUUACGAGAAAAAUGUUAACAGGGCGAUACACAAGUACAAUGCAUACAGGAAAGCAGCAUCCACCAUUGCCAAGUACCCUAAUAAGAUCAAAAGUGGCGAAGAGGCCAAAAAGCUGGAUGGUGUUGGAGCCAAAAUAGCAGAAAAGAUUGAUGAGUUUUUACAAACUGGCAAGCUACGGAAACUGGAAAAGAUUCGAAAUGAUGACACAAGCUCUUCCAUUAAUUUCCUUACUAGAGUUACUGGAAUUGGCCCUGCUGCUGCUAGGAAGUUUUUUGAAGAAGGGGUGAAGACAUUAGAAGAUUUAAAAAAGAUUGAGCACAAGCUCAACCAUCAUCAACAGAUUGGACUAAAGUACUUUGAAGAAUUUGAGAAAAGAAUUCCACGAGCUGAGAUGGAAAAAAUGGAGGCACUUAUUCUUGGAGAAUUGGAAAACAUUGAUAACGAUUAUAUUGGGACAAUCUGUGGAAGCUACAGGAGAGGUGCUGCAUCGAGCGGUGAUAUUGAUAUUUUGCUGACCCAUCCUGACUACACCUCUCAGUCUCAGAAGCAGCCCAGGCUUCUCCAUGCUGUGGUUGACCACUUGGAGUCUAUUGGGUUUGUGACGGACACUUUGUCCAAAGGAGACACCAAGUUCAUGGGAGUUUGCCAGCUGCAGCAGAGUGAUGAUGAUGAUGAGGAAGAAUAUCUGCACAGGCGUAUCGAUAUUAGGUUGAUUCCAAAGGACCAGUACUACUGUGGAGUUUUGUAUUUCACUGGAAGUGAUAUCUUUAAUAAAAAUAUGAGAACUCAUGCACUAGAGAAGGGCUUCACUCUGAAUGAGUACACCAUACGACCACUGGGAGUCACUGGUGUGGCAGGUGAGCCUCUGAUGGUGGAUAGCGAGAGAGACAUCUUUGAAUACAUCCAGUACAAAUAUAGGGAGCCAAAGGAUCGCAGCGAGUGAUGUUACGGCUACAUGUGUGUUUGAAGUUAUAGCUUAUUGUAAAAGAUCAGAAUCAUGUUUUGAAAAUGUGAGUUGGUUUGUCACUCUUUCUUUUAUGAUUCAAAUACAUUAUAAGUCGUUUGAUGAUUGAUGUUUUUUUUUUUUACCUAAGCAUAUGGUAAUAUUUUUUUUGUUGAAUUUAAAUGUCCGUGCUUUAUAUAUCUUCAUGAAGACUUUUGGCUCAAUUUUUAAAUAAUUUAUUGUUUUUAUUUGAAAAUACCAAAUAAGGGCAACAGCAUAACUUUAUACCUUUUAAUAGCAUUGAUGUGCUUUGUUACUUGUUACUCAGUUACUUGUUUGUCAUGAAGUAAGAUGAGUCACUGUGAUGCUGGUUAUUUUUGUGUUUAGUUUAUUAAGUUUUACAAAGGAGUUUUCAGGUUUUUUUUUUACAAAGGUUGCAUCUCUAACUCUUAAAAAAUCUUUCAUAUCUCAAAAACCAUUGGAUUUUAAGACUGACUUGCUGUGGUGUUUCUUUCAGUUUAGGCAAAAGUAUGAUUCAAGAUAGAUAUGUGAUGCCAGCGGUAUUACUUAGCAUAUAUACAAUCUACAUUUCUAGUUAAUGACUAAUAAGUGAGUAGACUCUAAACUCUUCAUGCAACUCGUAUGUACAUGCAAAUGUUAGGUCAUAGCAUUGUUUUUCCUUACUUAUGAUAAAUUUAAAAAAAUAAAAAAAGUAAGAUAAUCAUGGUCAUACAACUUUAAUCUGCUCUAGGUUUUUUAGGAUUAUGACUUCAAUUUGGUUUCUUUUGUGAAUUUAAAGGUAUUUUAAUGUUAUUUAUCGAAAACUGGUGGGUAACACAACUGUGAGAGUUUGAUGAGUGUUUAAAAUAAAUGGUUAAAAAAAUGA